UCAACUGUCAAAGCCAGACGGGUAGACACCCAAUUCAGACAGAAAUUAAUUUGCUAUUUGCUUCACUUGACUUGUUUUUGUGUAAUUUUAGUUAUUAAUCGUACUUAAUACUUGUAUUUUAUUGGUUGUUUUGUUAAUAUCUACUUUAAUAAACGUAAUAUUAGGUAAAAACAACACGUCAUAUCGUAUCACUGAUGUUGUUUAAGUGAAUUUAUGCAGUCAUCUAGCAAAUUCACACUCUAAGAGAGACUUGCCUAGUCUUGAAAAGAAGAUGGAUUCUCAACCAGAUACAUUUAAUGAGUCAGUGACAACUAUCUUGGAGCGUAAAGUCCGUGGCUGGUUAAGCGGAGUGAUUGAUGACAUGCGGCGAAGCAGCCCCGUGCAGCAGUGGCUAGAUUCACUACCGGCGGAACCUGAAGUAGAAAACCAAAAUGGUGUCCCAACAUUAGACAAAGAAAAUCAAGAUGAACAGAAUACAGCAUCUAAUUCAGACACAAAAUCAGAUGAGAACAAAGCAGAAGAAUCUGUAACAGAAAACACAGUGAUAGAAGCAAACCAUGAUUAUGGUGACAAAAAAGACCUAAUUGAUGAAGUCUUUCAUGACGAUAAGUCUUUAGAUGUUCCUGAGAGUAGGGAGGUAGGGAAGAGAAAAUCCUUAGAAAGUGCAGCACUGACGAGCACACCUAAAAAUAGAAAUGUGAAGAAAAAACUUCAAAGAGAUAAUUCUAUUCAAUCUGAAGGCUAUGCAUGUAAAUUUAAAAAUCCAUUGUUCAGAGAUCAUUCCUUACAGUCUGAUGGCAGCGGAUCAAGCGGAAGUUCCGUCUUAAAUGUAUUAGGAGCUAGAAAAGUUGAUGCAGAAACCGUACUACUUGGUCUCGGAUUUGGGCCAAGUGAGAAACAACAGAAAUUACAAAGAAUUCCAGAUAGAUUUCUAGUGCCAUCGAAACUAAAAGGAAUUAGCACAGAACAGUUUAUCAAAAAUGAGCAACAUUCAAUGCGAAUGCACGACUGUGGAAUUUUUGGUUAUAGGGGCCUUACUGAACACUGUACUCCUGUCUGCCGUUUUAUGAAGCCGUUACCACCAUUUUAUCAUAAAGCAUACCAAGUUCCAGAAAUUGCUGUGCAGGAAUCCCCAUGUUCCACCGUCGACAAUUGUAGCUAAAAUUAUAGACUGUAUCCUCCAAGACGACGUUUGCCGGGAGGAGGCGUUAAUGAAAGCGCGCCACUCGAUCGCUGACCUGCGCAGUUCGGGGGUGAUUCAAGCGCACCUAGCGGCGAGAUUACGAAGUACUUGAUUUUUCAAAUACCCUCCAUUAUGACCAAAGUUAAUGAAAUUUAAUUUAAAACACACACCUAUCCAAAUGACACACAAUAACAAGUAUAAUAAAUGUAAUUAUUUUUCGCCAAUAAUGAUGUAGGUAUAGAUAGGGUGGGUUUUUACUAUUUCUGCUACAAUAUUAGUAGAAGAUCCGAAUUAGAAACGACCUUCACCCAUCUGCUUAAUGAAUGAGAAGUGUAUUAUAUCAAAGGACAUGUCCCGAAAUGGGCCUUUAUUAUUUUAUUUUUUACCGAAGACAGAAUUGUUGCUUAAUAAACAAUUUUCAGAAAUUUUGAAACCAGCAUUAAUUAAAUAAAUAGUUCUAUGUUUCGCUCCCUUGUCUACAAAUUAAGGUUUUAAGCCCUAUAUUUUAUGUUCCUUUAAGAUAAAAAUAAUUUGUUCUGCUUCGUUGACACUCGGAAUAAAGGCCCAGCCUCCAUAUAAAUUUGGGACAUGUCCUUUAGAAUGUUAAAAUAUAUGUUGCGUGAAACUACCACUCAUGAUAUUUAUUAAUGGUUAAUAUUAGUUUUCAGGAAAUUUUUAUGCUCUACUAACUCGCAACAUAUUUUUUAACAUACUAAAUUUGAUAUAAAACACUAAUCUUAUAUUAGACUAUAAAAAAAUUGUCAUUUUUAUCAACUAGAUUCAUAUUUAAGAUUAAAUGCAGCGUGUGUUCACCUCAUCCUAUUUAAACAUACACGUAUUUUUGACAUCCUUAGUGAACGGUGGGUUUACAAGAAAGGGUUCGAUCCCCGUCUGGGCCGAUUGAGUUUCUUAAUUGACCCAGGUCUGAUUGGUGGGAGACUUCGACCGUGGCUAGCUGCCACCCUAGAAAUCGUAAGGGGUGUGGAUUUUCAUCCUCCUCCUAUUUAGUUAGCCCGCUUCCAUUUUAGAUUGCAUCCUCACUUGCUAUCAGGUAGUCAAGGGCUACCUUGUAAAGAAUUUUAAAAAAUACGACGAAUUAAAAGACAAGCAGUUCAACUGCUUUGAUCUAUUCUUUUAUUAGGUAUUUCCUUAUAGUGAUUACCUACUAUUACUGAUUCUCUACAACUUAAUAUUUCCUUGUUUGAGUGAACUCACGCACGCCAUUGCAAAUAAUGAUCUUUUUGUUAGCAAUAUUGUCCUUGGUUUCAAAUCUUAUGUAGAAUAAUAAGAUGACAUUCAAAAUUGACAUUUCAAACAUGAAAAUUACCAAGAAUUGAAAAACAAAUGAUACACAAACAAAUAUGAUCUUCGAGGCAUUCUUAAUAUAAAAUUGCUUACUAUAUUAUUUAAUUUAAUGACGUAAUACACUACCUGUUUAAAAUUAGACUGAUGAUGAAAUCUCACUUAAAAUGUUUGUACUUUUGAAAGAAUAUUUAUAUUUUUUUUGAGGUAGGUACUUCGCUGUCAGUGCCCAGAACCACCAAUCAAAAUAAUAUAAGAUGACGUAAUACUUAUUUAAAAGAAAAGGACGUUUAUUUCAAAAUUUUCUUUCUAAAUAUUAAAUAAGUUCGGAGAAAAAUCUGGCACAAAUAAUGUUUUUAUUAAUAAAUAUUGUAGGAGAUACUUAAUCAAAGAUACUUAAAUUUUUACUUAAAAUAAUAUAUUUUUUAAAUACUUAAUAAUGCCAAUCUAUUCUUAGAUAUACUAUAUUUAUUAAAUAAAUAAUAACUCAGCAUAAUAUCAUAAAUAAAUGAAGUUGAAGAUUCCUUAAAAGGGCUUUAGCUUCAGUCCUAUUUAUAUUUCUAUAGUGUAAACAAUAGUUUCAUUGUUUACUUCAUGACUAAUUCCUAGUGUGGUCACAACCCUUAUAUAUGAGGAACACCACUAAAGGAAGAAUUCCUACAGAUAAUGUAAUGGUCAACUAAUUAGGGACAACUGGUACUUAACGCAGUGCAUGUUAAUUAAGGCAAAGUUAUCAUUCUUUGUACUUAUAUUGUUUUUGAAACUAAUUAAAUAUUUAUGGCUCAUUUAAUUCACUGGCAAUUUAAAAGAUAAGCUGUUAGAUAAACUAUUCCUACGCAAGUGUUUUAUUCGCUUUACUUUACGUAUUUUUAACCGAUUUCAAAAAAAAAUAUUUUAUUUUUUUUCAUUUUAUUAUUAAGAAUCAAUAUCAAUACGUGAUUUUUUUACAAGUUAAAAAUGUCAAGUAUUGAUCAAAAGUAUUAAUAUUAUUUAACUUUUUUGAAACCCAAGCAAUACAUACUUAUUUGUUCCUAAAUUUUUACACAGUUAAUAGAUUAAAAAUUAUAAAUUCUUAAAUUGAUCCAUGCUUGGAUGUAAAACAGAAAAUCCCUUCUUCAAAAAUAUAAUCAGAAACGUAUGGUAAGAGUAUAUAAUUUUUAUUUACUUAUGAACAUUAAAUAUAUGUAUGUUAGGUAUCUAAAAAGAGCCGUGAUAGCCCAGUGGAUAUAACUUCUGCCUCCGAUUCCGGAGGGUGUGGGUUCGAAUCCGGUCCGGGGCAUGACCCUCCAACUUUUCAGUUGUGUGUAUUUUAAGAAAUUAAAUAUCACGUGUCUCAAUCGGUGAAGGAAAACAUCGUGAGGAAACCUGCAUACCAGAGAAUUAUCUUAAUUCUCUGCGUGUGUGAAGUCUGCCAAUCCGCAUUGGGCUAGCGUGGUGGACUAUUGGCCUUAUCCCUCUCAUUCUGAGAGGAGACUCGAGCUCAGCAGUGAGCCGAAUAUGGGUUGAUGACGACGAGGUAUCUAUAAAUAAUAAACCUAAUUAGUUUACCACACAGUUAUAUUAUGGCCAAUCUAAUUAGAAAAUGCAUUCUAAUUAUUAUUAAUUAUAAACAUAUCAGAACAUUUCUAUGUAUAUUAUAUAUAACGACACCGGAAUGUGUUCCCUGUCAAUGUUUAUUAUAAUUACGUUACCCACAUUAAUUAUACCCACAAUAUUAGAGUAAACAGUAAAAUUUUUAUAGUAUGGUAUUACAAUUAAACUUUGUUAUAAUAUUUUAUUUGCUUGUAAAUACGUAUUUUAAAAUGUCGUUAAUUGUUAGUGUCAUUGUUAGUUUAGUUUAUAUAAUGUUGUAGACUUGGCUGUGUUAAGUCAUAAUUAACUAUAUUGAAUGAGUUUUAAAAUGAUUAUUAAUUAAUAUUGUUUUAUGUAUAUAUUAAAGUAAUAUAAUAUUGACUAAAGUCGUAGUAUUUUAAAGUCAAUAUCAAUUUAGGUAAAUUUUACUCGGAACAAUUAAUAUAAUAAUGAAAUAUAUCAAAAUGGCGAAACUAGUGGUAAUUAAAGAAACCGUUUCGGUUCAAUUUUACCUAAUAGUUAAUUAAAAUUAUUUUGUGUGUUCAUAUAAAAAAAAAAUGUUAUCUAUUCUUUUUUCUUCUUCUUCUCGUAUCUGUACAAUCUCUACAAUAUUCUUUAUAAUAUAAUAAUUAUAGAAUAAUCUGAUUAUGUCACUGUUUUUUUUGCUCUAUUAGGUAAAUGUAUACCUACCCACUCUCUCUGUAUUUUUAUUACUUAUUUAUUCCGUAUUUUUUACAUAAUGAUAUAGAAAAUAUAAUAUAUUUAUAUGUAUAUCUUUUACAAAUUAAUUGGAAGAAAAUCUACGAAUAAUAUUUCCAAACAAAAUACUUAUCUACUAUUAUUUUAUUAUUCUAUAGAUUUCCUAGAUAUAAUAUUUACUAUCUGACGGAAUAUAAAAUAUUUUUGCUAGUAGGUAAAAUAUAAGUACCUACGCCUUGUGCCUUAUGCAAAAAUGUUAACAUAUUAAUCUAUUUUAAAAUAAUAUAUUGUACCUACCUUUAUAUUAUAUUGAUUAUUUAUAUUGUUAUCUUAGAUUCAUACAAUAAGUACUUAUAUUUAAAAGUCACUUUCCGUAGUUUGCUCAUUUUGUGUUACUUGAAAAAUUGUUACAUCUGCAUAAUUAUCAUUAUAAGUUGAUUUUAUUCUUUGUUGAUUGUGUGAAUAAUAUGAGGAUGCGAUACAAAAUAUAUUCCUAUUUCUCGAAAA